GGGAGCCUCAAAGGCCAAGGCCAGCCAGGACACCCCUUGGGAUCACACUGAGCUCACCACAUCCCCAAGGUGGCUGAACCCUCCGCACCAACCAGCCCAGGUUAAACAUCUGUGCUCCUCAUGGAGUUCCCUGGCCUAGGGGCCCUGGGGACCUCAGAAACCCUGCCCCAGUUUGUGGAUCAUGCUCUGGUAUCCUCAACACCAGAGUCAGGAGGCUUUUUCCCCUCUGGGCCUGAGGGCUUGGAUUCAGCAGCUUCUUCUGCUCCGAGCACAGCCACGGCUGCAGCCACUGCACUGGCCUACUACAGGGACACUGAGGCCUACAGACACUCCCCAGUUUUUCAGGUGUACCCAUUGCUCAACUGUAUGGAAGGGAUCCCUGGAGGCUCACCCUAUGCUAGCUGGGCCUAUGGAAAGACAGGGCUCUACCCUGCCUCAACUGUGUGCCCCAGCCGCGAGGACCCCCCUCCCCAGGCCUUGGAUGAUCCAGAUGGGAAGAGCAGCACCACCUUCCUGGAGACCUUGAAGACAGAGAGGCUGAGUCCAGACCUUUUGACCCUGGGGACUGCACUACCUUCAUCAAUCCCUGUCUCCAGCAGUGCUUAUGGGAGCCCUGAAUUUUCUAGUCCCUUCUUUCCUCCCACUGGAAGCCCCCUGAAUUCAGUGGCCUAUUCCUCUCCCAAGUUUCAUGGAAGCCUGCCCCUGCCCUCUUGUGAGGCCAGGGAAUGUGUCAACUGUGGAGCAACAGCCACUCCACUGUGGCGGAGGGACAGGACAGGCCACUACCUGUGCAAUGCCUGUGGCCUCUAUCACAAGAUGAAUGGGCAGAACAGGCCCCUUAUCCGGCCCAAGAAACGUCUGAUUGUUAGCAAACGGGCAGGUACUCAGUGCACCAACUGCCAGACAACCACAACAACAUUGUGGCGGAGAAAUGCCAGUGGAGACCCUGUGUGCAAUGCCUGUGGCCUCUACUAUAAGCUACAUCAGGUGAAUCGGCCACUGACCAUGCGGAAGGAUGGUAUUCAGACUCGGAACCGCAAGGCAUCUGGAAAAGGGAAAAAGAAGAGGGGAUCAAGUCUGGGAGGAGCAGGAGCAGCUGAGGGACCAGCUGGGGGCUUCAUGGUGGUAGCGGGCAGCAGCAGCAAUGGAAAUUGUGGGGAUGUAGCCUCUGGUUUGACACUGGGCACCCCAGGUACUACCCACCUCUACCAAGGUCUAGGCCCUGUGGUGUUGUCUGGGCCUGUUAGCCAUCUCAUGCCUUUCCCUGGACCCCUGCUGGGCUCACCCACAGGCCCCUUUUCCACAGGCCCUGUGCCUCCCACCACCAGCACCACGGUGGUGGCUCCACUCAGCUCUUGAGAGCAUGUGGCAUGACCUUUGGUCAGGGUUGUAACUCCUCUGCAUUUUCUUGAGACAAGGUCUUGCUGUGUAAUCAACUGGCCUUGAACUCAGAUUCUCCUGCAUCCUCUUCCUGAGUGCUGGGAUUAUAGGGGUGCUCCACCAUGCCUGCCUGGGUGUUUUCUUUCUUUCUUUCUUCCUUCCUUUUUUUCUUUUAAAGCAGGGAGGUUUCAGUCAAGCUCUUCUUGUGUAGUCCAGGCUGGUCUAGAACUCUAGAUCCCCCUCCCUCAAUUCUCAAAAGUUGGAAUUGUAAACUGUUUUCUCCUCUUCUAGCCAGCAAAAGUCUU